CUAUUUUAUUUCUUUGAUUUCUUCUUCAAAUCUGAAUUUACAGAGGUUAUCUUAUCAUAAAUGCAGAGCAAGAAUACGAAAGUGGAAAUAUGGGUUGACAACGUCUCAUUGCAGCCAUUUACUAAGGAGCAAUGGAGACUGCACCAAGACAAAAACAUUGAAAAGGUGCGCAAGCGCAAGGUAAGACUCCAGUUGAUUUAUGCCAACGAAACUGUAAAGGAAGGUGCUAUUGUCUCCAUCAAGCAAAUCAAGCCCGGCUUUCCAUUUGGAUGUGCAAUGAGUGAUUAUAUCCUCACAAGCACAGAUUACCAGAAAUGGUUCACCUCAAGAUUCAAGUUUACCACUUUCUUAAAUGAAAUGAAAUGGUGUAGCACAGAGAUAAAACAAGGACAAGAAAACUAUAUUGCUGAUGCUAUGGUAAAAUUCGCCCAACAGAAUGGCAUUUCUAAAAGCGGCAACAUUUUCUGGGAUGAUCCCCAAUACCAGCCUCAAUGGGUUAAGACUCUUUCUCCGGAGGAGUUGCGAACAGCAGCGGUGAAACGGAUAAAUUCGGUGACUUCAAGAUAUGCAGGAAAGCUAAUUGCUUGGGAUGUAGAUGAGAAUCUUCAUUUAAGUUUCUUUGAGGAUAAACUUGGUAAAAACGCUUCUGCAAAAUUCUACAAGAGGGCUUACAAGCUUGAUCCAAAAACAAGGAUGUUCAUGAAUGAAUAUAACACCAUUGAGUAUGCUGGAGAUGAGACAGCAAAUGCAUUCCAUUACCAGAAGAAACUGAAGGAGAUUUCAUCAUAUCCAGGAAAUUCUGAAGUGUUGUUAGGAAGUGGAUUGCAAGGUCAUUUUAAUCAUGAACAGCCAAACACUGCUUACAUGAGAGCCACCUUAGAAAUUUUGGGAUCAACGAAAUUGCCCAUAUGGCUUACAGAAGUGGAUGUCAAACCAGGCCCAAAUCAGGCAAUGUACUUGGAGGAGGUACUGAGAGAGGCUUAUUCUCAUCCUGCAGUUGAAGGGAUUAUCACAUGAGGCCCAAAAGGUGCUGGUUUUGGCGAUAUGCUUCUGGUGGACAACGACUUCAAGAAUACACCAUCUGGAGAUGUUGUGGACAAGCUGCUUGCAGAAUGGAAAUCCAGCACUCUGGAAAUUAAUGCAAGUAGUACAGGAUUCUCUGAAAUUUCAUUGUUUCAUGGAGACUACACAGUAACAGUUAAAACCCAGUGACCAACUCAAUAACUUCUGUCAAUUUUAAGGUGACAAAUGACCUUCUGCAAGAAACAUUACAAGUCCAGAUUCGUCAUUUAUU